AUGGAAUCUAUACUACUACUGCCAAAUGAGAGGAUACUCAAGAUUAUACCUAUAGAAUCAUGCUAUUUGGCACCGUUUACGACCAAAGAAUGCUACGGUCUUGUUGGAACGGCAGAUAACCGCGGACUAUCCAUCCUGCUGGAGUUCUACCAUUACAACUCAACCAAUUAUACCAAUGUUACCGUAUAUGUCACUUCUAGCAGACUGGUGGUUGUACCCCACAAUCAGUUCAGAGUAUUGAAUAGGCAACGACUAAGCAAGUAUGCGUUCAGUAUACCUUAUUUCAGCCUCAGUUCGUUCAACUUGUCAGAAAAUAGAUCCUGUGGCAGGAUCAACUUUCGUGCUCCAGCUUCUGUCACAUCAAUAUCAAUCUCCUUGGAAUUCACAGACAAGAACAAAAACGCGUUGACUUCCUUGACUUCUUUAGUCUCUUCUUUGAUCUUUGCUCAAGGAGUCUCGCAAUGCCUAGAAGACAAAAAAACCGAUAAAAUUGACGUCUCUUGGAUCAAUAGAAUUGAUAUGGGGGAAGGUCUUUUCUUCAUAGAAGGUUCCACCAUCCCCAUUCAAACAUUUUCAAAUCAGCCAAACAAACAGGAAGAGGAAAUUCUUCCUACAUAUGAACAUUCUGAAAUGGCCACUGGUCGUUUUUUACAAGCACAGAAACUUCUGAACCGAGUUCGAAUAUCCCUGAAAUCAAGAACAGAUGAUGCUUACCCAGAGGAAGAAGACUGCAUUACACUUAAAGAAUUCGUUUCCCAAGACGACCAUUAUGAUCAUAGAGAGGCUUCCAUAUCAAUUAAAGAAAUCAGGGACUUAACCCAAGUGACCGGUACGUGGCUGGCCAAAGUUCUAAUUACUAACUGUGUUCGAUUCAUACAACGAAAUCUGCCCAAGAUAUCACUCUUAAGAGAAAUAAUGAACGAUAUACCACCGACAUACCAAAGUCUAGCUGAAGAGUUCUUUUUCAGGUGCCAAAAUGAACUGUAUGACACAGCUGACCCAGCAGAUAUCGAAGAGGAGCCAGAACUUGUCAUCCCUGUGCGACACAAUGCUAUGAUUGUAGCUGAAACGAUUGCAUCGGAACAGAACACCCCCAAGCUUCGAAGAUCCAAAUCAAAAAGAUUCAUGACAGGAAUGAAGAAAUUAGUUAAUUCGCACUCAUGUCAACCAAACAUCCCAAAUAUUCCUAGGGGAAAUCGUCACACAUUGUAUACACCUAGCCACUCUGCCGCCUCACCAAACAGCUCUCUCGAUAGAAGCAAAAGUGUCACUUUAGGAGCCAGUAGAGCUAGGCUCUUGCAACAAUUCUGA